AUGGCAAUUAUACAUGUGCCUGGAUUGUCACGCACCAUUAUACUACUGCACACGAGUGAAGAUAAUGUUAAAAUGUUACUGAAAGGAACACUUCUUCAAUCGGAGUGUUCUGCUAUCAGUAAUCUAAAACUGAGCCCAGUUACACAGAAUACGGCCGAGGUUGGUACCGCGGCUGCGAUACAUGAUAUUAUGUCACUCCAUUGGCGAUAUUUCCUCAAUUUGUCUAAAUCUUCGAGAAACGUAGAUCGCGGAGUGAAGGAAGCAGAAGGUAACGUAAGAUUCCGUGGUCGCACAAAAAAAAGUACUUGGAUAUCAUCGAUAACAACUUCAAGGCAGUUCGAGAAAUUCAGGAGGGAAAGUUGCUUUGAGGAACGAAUUCUUGUCCGUUUUCUGCCUUGCUUACUGAGCUUGUUCCAAAUCAUUUUCGAAUUCCUCUUAUCAAAUUUAUAA